AUAUUACAAUUAAAAAUUGGAUAUAAAACAAAUUCUUCGAAUUUUAGUAAUUAAAUUAAUUUUCCGAUAUUUAAUGUGCCGAAAAAGUUAGGAACUUACGAUCAAUUUUGUAAAUUUUAAACAAUGACUUAACAUCCACUUCCUGGUACCAGAAAACGUGGGAAGGAUGUCUAAACAAAAUUUGGGGGGGAAGACGAAAGCGUAUCGGAGCAAUGAUGUACUAAAAGGUAGGGGGAGUACUCGAGAUCGAAAUGUUCACCGAACCGGGGUUCAGGGCAAAGUGAGAAACCGGCCCGGUAGCAUUGCAAAUAGUGAAAUAGUAACACGCGUUCGGUCCUUGAAACGCAUUAUUUUUUUUGCAUCACCAGUGCAUUAUUUUAUAAGUGUUAUCAAUUUUUAUAUUCAAUUUAUACACAAUUGUGCUUCAUGUGUCAUGGGGAUUAUGGGUGUACUCAAAUGGUUUCGAAAGGAAGGUAACAGAGAUCAACAGAGAUGGAGUAUGUCACCAGAACUUAGUCGUCUGAAUAACGAAGCGUCACGUAUCAAGGCAAUAAGGGCAUUUAUGGAUCGACGAAAGAAUGAAAAUGAGACAAAUAAUUAUUUGUUGAUUUCCAAUCCAGACAAGGAUUUUAAUUACAAAACGUUUGUCAAAAAAAUUAAUGAGAGCAAAAAUGUUAAGGAUAUAAAUUCGGUAAUUCCUGGUGUACCGCAUGUGAAAUUUUCGGAUUUUUUUGAAGUCGGAUGGGUCGCAGGAACGGAGGAUCGUUAUCUCGAAUAUGUCUAUGCCGAAUGGGAUAAUACAAAAGUUUCCAUAAAAAAACACACGCAUCCUGAAUGUGAAAAGGCCAUUAAAGCCGAUCUGGCAGUUCUUACGGAAAUUCGUCAUCCUAACGUCGUUCUUCUGAUAGCAACCUCAUUUGUCGAAGGCCAUGGCCUAGUGUCAAUUUUCGAGUCUUUGAAUUGUACUAUUUACAAUUAUAUUCAUGAAAAAGAAGAACGUGUUUCCGUUCAGGAAACUGUCAGAUGCAUUCGCAAACUCGCUGAGGCUCUUGGAUACGCUCACAUGAGAGGAUAUAUUCACGGUGCUAUAAGUUCGCACUGUGUUUUUCUAACAUCAGGAAUCAUUAAAUUAGGCGGAUGGGAAUUAGCAACGAAAAAAAAUGAGCCAAAAGAAGAGCAGGAAUUUGAAAAUCCCCUCAGAGCUGAAAUUUUCAGAUGGCAAGCGCCGGAAUUAUUUUAUGAUCAAACACCAACAGAAGCCACCGAUAUUUAUGGACUUUCUCUGUUAAUAUGGGAAAUGACAACAAUGCAAUUACCAUGGAAUGGAUUGAUAAAGGCAGACAUCGAGAAACAAUAUGUACACUGGAAGCAAGGAAUUCCUAUAGAUCUCUACAAUUUUCCAUCAUUGCUCAGCAAAUUAUUGGAGACUGGACUUGAAAUCGACGUUGCAAAGAGAACAAUAUCCAUGAAUCAUAUGUACAAAAUGUUACAGAGACUCGAGUUACAGUAUGAAUCGGAAGCUCCAAUUUAUGCAGAUCAAUUGGCAAUGAAUAAUAAUACACCAAAUACAAAAACACUAAAUCUACCACUUGGCACCGCACCACCAGUAAAAAAAUGUUCAUCCUCGAGAUCAUCAACUUCAUCCGACAAUUGGAAAUCAAUAACAAAACCAUCUGCCAUUGCCGCUCAAAACAAUCUCAACAAGAAAUUAAGAUCAAGUUCAAAACGAAAUUCAGUUAUUAAUGAAAGUGAGAAAAUUGAGGAAGCCGUGGACAAUGAUUCCGUUUAUAAUAUUAAAAAAUGUACAGAUUUAUUUUUACAAAUGGAGAGAUUACAUACUUGUAUUGAGACACAAGAGGAUCUAUGGGUGUUGUAUAAUUAUUAUGAUCAACAAAAGGAAAAUUCUGAUAUUCAAAGUUCAAUUCCAAGUAUUAUUAAUGAAUCCGAAAAGAGUAAUUUCACAAGUGAAGAACGUAUUUCCAGUAUUAUUUAUGGUUCAACAUCGUCGAGAACGAUAGAAUCGUCUGAUGACGAUUUUAAUGAGACUCGAAAUGAUAUUAAAAAACUAAAAGAAUCUUUGGCUAGUAAACGAGAGCGUUUCUUUUACGGUGAUGAUUGUCAGCGAUCCAUUUCUAACACUAGUACAGAGAACAAAAUUCCAGCUUACAAUAAUGUCCAGGGUAAAAGUUAUGAGCCACAUAAGCCGGCUAGUCAUAAAACAAGUUUCGAACCAAAAUUACAUAAAACUUCACAACCAGAAUUAAUUUUGACUAAACCGAUUAAAGAAAAAGAGCAAACAUUCGAACACUCUUGUAUUUCAUCGAUAAUUAAGGAUGCUGUCAUUAAUCCACAACUCGUGAAUGCUAAUCACGAUAAUGUAUUUGAAUCAUCACUUUGGAGAAAGGAAAAAAUGAUAGUCAUGUCAAAAAUGAGGAAAAGCUUUACUGAUGACACGGUCACCUAUUCUCAAGAUCUGAAACGUGAAAUCUCGCAAAACGAUGAAAGAAACUUGAAAUCAAUGGAAAAUGAUACUUUUAAUAUGAACUCGCUUAUUAUUGACAAUGAUGCAUGUCUUAAUGAAAGAUUCAUUGAAGAGAAAUCUCUUGACGAAUCCGACAAGAAAGUCAUUGACGUCAUUGACAAUAGUGAAUUAAAUAUCAACAAUGAAUUUUCCGACAACCAUCAAGAAUCUGAGAACAAAUCAUUAAUAGCAUUAAAGCAAGCUUUAGAUCGAGCCACAGAAAUAAUUUGUCCUGCUGAUAAUUCAUUACGAUUUUCAUCACAUAAAACAGUAGAUGAAAUGACAAAUGAAAAAUCAAUAAGCAAUGAUAAAGAGAAGGAAAAUAAUGACAAUUUGUCAUUAUUACUCUUCACCGAUAAAAUGAAUGAUGAAUGCAAUUCUUGCCAUCAUACGGCUGCUUUAGCGAGAAGAAGAUCUUUACCCGCUGCCUUGGGACAAUCAAAAGUAUUCACAAAAAUGCCCGUUGGAAAAUUAUCGACACUUAUGGCUGAUCCUUCGGACACCACAUUUGAGGAUCUGUACAUUGACGACGACUUUGGUGAAAGUCUCAACGUAAAUAUGGUUCUUUUGGCAAAUGAAAAUCUCCUAGAUCAAGAUAUUCUGCCGGAUUUAUUAGAACUAUCACAUAAUUCCCUAUUCAAUCGAUAAAUUAUUAAUUAAUAAGAAUAUUCUCCAUUUAUUUAUUUUAUGUUUUUUUUUCUUGCUGAGAAAUUGUGAUUUAUGAGACGAGAAUGUCUUAAUUAAUUCCAAAAUAUUGGAAAAAAGAAAUUUCUUUUAUGAGCAAUGGUAGAAAAAAAAAUGAAAAAAAAGAGCUCUCAUUAAAAGUGAUUGAGUCAGUUACCAUUAUUUAUUUUUUAAUUUUAUACUAUGAUGUAAUUUUAUACAAAAAAGCUUUUAUAAUUUAAGAAAAAUUUCCUUUUUUUGAAACUGACUAAUAUUACAUUUAAUUUACAACUUUAUUUAUUAAAAAAAGAAAAAGGAAGAACAUAUUUUCUAUUAUAUGAAUUCAUCAAUCAUUAUAAAUUGUACAAUAUUUCUUUUCAAUCAAAAUAUCGAAAAAUUUGUAUUUUUAUGAUAAUGGACCAUUUUUAUAUACAAUCCAAUAUUCUGUGUUUAGAGAAUUAAAAGAGAAAUCAUAAUAAAAACUGAAUCCUUAAUAUAAUUCCUUCAGUAAUAUUUGAAAAUUCACCCAAAAAAAGCUGAAAGAUUGAUAAAAAAUUAUGAUUUGGUUUAUUAAUUAUUCUCAUUGUGCAACUAAUAAAAAGUACCUUUAAAAUAAAA